CUUGGAGUUUCUGCUGGUUCAAUUAUCUCCGCUCCACCCAAAUUCUCAGUACCAGUCUUUUCUCCCUUGCGCCUACCAUUCACUUUUCUUUGAACUAAAUUUCUGCUGCGCAGGCCACACACGCUCAUUCGCCCUUCGACUCGUCGCACGAUCUAUCAGAGCCAACGCUCAGCAAUCCAACACAUCCCCUUCCAGGCCAGCCCAUCUCAGCCGUGCCCUACAUGCCCGUCCCACAAACAAACUACCAGAACAUUGAGGCAACCCGCAACAGUGACUGGCUGGAGCCAUCGCAGCGAUCUAGCAAACGCUCAAGAUGGAUCGUCAUUGGCUCGGUAAUCACCCUCGUCGUACUGGUUGCUGCUGGUAUCGCACUUGGCGUCACGCUGUCGAAAAAGAGCUCGAACAACAGUUCCAGCUCCAGCUCCAGUUCGAGUGCCGCCCCAGCGGGAACGAACCCCAACGAUCCUAGCAACUUCCCGAAAAACACUGCUUUGCAGCAGUCGUUCUAUGGAAUCGCGUAUACACCACUGGGCUCGCAGCUGCCCGACUGUGGUAACAAUCUAACGGAGGUCAUCGAGGAUAUCCAGCUAUUGUCUCAGCUCACAACGAGAAUCCGUCUCUAUGGCGCUGAUUGCAAUCAAUCCUCUCUCGUCCUUGCCGCCAUUCAGGCUACCAAGGUUAACAUGAAGGUCUACCUCGGCAACUACCCCGCUGUCGACGACAACGGGGCCGCGUACGAACGUCAGAGAGGCGAGAUUCAGACCGCUCUUCAGCAAUACGGUGGAGCCAAUGUUCUCGGUGUUACAGUCGGCAAUGAAUUCAUUCUUGAUUACAUCACACAGCAAGGGCAGACAGAUCCUAAUGGCUCUGCAGGACAGGCAGCCGCGGCGAUGCUGAUACCCUGGAUCACUGAUACUCGUUCAAUGCUGGCUUCGUUGGGUCUUAGCAAUAUCACCGUCGGUAAUGCAGAUGCUGGGAGUUAUUUCAACAACGAAGUUCUCUCUUCCGUCGACUAUGGGAUGUCGAACGUCCACCCAUGGUUCGCCAAUCAAACAAUUGAUUACGCUGCCAACUGGACGGCCGACUUCUUCCAGACCUACAAUGUCGAUCUGGCUCAAAAUCUUACGAACAAACCGACGAUGUUCAUUGCCGAGACUGGCUGGCCAACUGGCACUUCUGAAUUGAACUAUAGCCCGAAUGAUGGGCCUUCGCUCGCUUCGGUAGCUAACUUGCAGAUAUUCAUAGAUACUUUCGCAUGUCAAGCUACCAAAAACGGAACUGGAUACUUCUUCUUCGAGUUUUGUGACGAGCCAUGGAAGGCCACAACAUUUGGUGGUGUAGAGGGAUUUUGGGGCUUGUUCGACUCCAACAAAAACCUGAAAAACAUCACGAUCCCCACAUGCUAAAUGGCCUUCUCGUUCGGACUCAUACCCUUUGCGGACUACAAAGACAUUAUAGAUCCCAGCCGAGACAUUCUGUUCCCAGCUAGCCCUCUGUUCAUCCCGUGUUUUUGUUUCUGCAUGCGGCGGCGGAUUACCGGGUGACUUAGUUUAUUGAACGUUCACUUCGAAAGGACCAUGUGAUGUUGCAUCUUUAUUGGCGAUUUUGUUAUAUAGCUUUAGUCGACUUGCGUUUUUGACGAUGUAUUUGAUACCCGUAGCAACGUUUGACGGCUGAGUAGUUCGUGAUCGUUGUCAGUUCGCGCCUUAUGAUAUGAAUCUCCAUGCCAGCCUUCUGUGGUUGUAAUUCUGAAACGUUGA